GUUUCUCCCUGCUGCCGGAGCUCCAGGUGUACCCUUCACUGCUCUGUGUCCUCAGCGUGUGUGGCUUCGUGACCUGAAGAUAUUGGGAAAUCCAUAGCUAAGACGCCAGGACCCCCUGAAAGCCUAGAAAUGGGAACUGAUUUUCUGCUGUAUUUUUCACCUGUGUCCCAAGCAGAGUCUUGGAACCAAUCCCCCAUUUCUCCGGCCUCACUCUGGCUUGCAGGGCCGUUGACAUUUAGGGAUGUGGCCAUAGAAUUCUCUCUGGAGGAGUGGCAAUGCCUGGACACUGCUCAGCAGGAUUUGUAUAGGAAAGUGAUGUUAGAGAACUACAGAAACCUGGUCUUCUUGGGUAUUGCUGUCUCUAAGCCAGAUCUGGUCACCUGUCUGGAGCAAGGAAAAGAUCCCUGGAAUAUGAAGAGACACAGUACGGUAGUCAAACCCCCAGUUAUAUGUUCUCAUUUUGCUGAAGACUUUUGCCCAGGGCCAGGCAUUAAAGAUUCUUUUCAAAAAGUGAUACUGAGAGAAUAUGUAAAAUGUGGACAUAAGGAUUUACAGUUAAGAAAAGGAUGUAAAGGUAUGAAUGAGUGUAAUGUGCACAAAGAAGGUUAUAAUGAACUAAACCAGUGUUUGACAACUACCCAGAGCAAAAUAUUUCAAUGUGAUAAGUAUGGGAAAGUCUUUCAUAAACUUUUACAUUCAAAUAGACAUAACACAAAACAUACUGGAAAGAAAACUUUCAAAUGUAAAAAAUGUGGCAAAUCAUUUUGCAUGCCUUUACAUCUAUGUCAGCAUAAAAGAAUUCAUAUUAGAGAGAAUUCUUACCGAUGUGAAGAAUGUGGCAAAGCCUUUAUCUGGUUUUCAACCCUUACUAGACACAGGAGAGUUCAUACUGGAGAGAAAUCCAACAAAUAUGAAUGUGGCAAAUCUUUUAACCAGGACUCAAACCUUACUACACAUAAGAGAAUUCAUACUGGACAGAAACCCUACAAAUGUGAAGAAUGUGGCACAUCUUUCUACCAAUUCUCAUACCUUACUAGGCAUAAGCUAAUUCAUACUAGAGAGAAACCCUAUAAAUGUGAACAAUAUGGCAAAACUUUUAACCAAUCUUCAACCCUUACUGGACAUAAGAUAAUUCAUACUGGAGAAAAACCCUAUAAAUGUGAAGAAUGUGGCAAAGCCUUUGGUAUUUUCUCAACCCUUACUAAACAUAAGAUAAUUCACACUGAAGAGAAAUCCCACAGAUGUGAAGAAUAUUGCAAAGCUUAUAAGGAGUCCUCACACCUUACUACACAUAAAAGAAUUCAUACUGGAGAGAAACCCUACAAAUGUGAAGAAUGUGGCAAAACCUUUAGUGUAUUCUCAAUUCUUACUAAACAUAAAAUAAUUCAUACAGAAGAGAAACCCUACAAAUGUGAAGAAUGUGGCAAAGCUUUUAAACGAUCUUCAACCCUUACUAAACAUAGGAUAAUUCAUACUGAAGAGAAACCCUACAAAUGUGAAGAAUGUGGCAAAGCUUUUAACCAAUCUUCAACCCUUAGUAUACAUAAAAUAAUUCAUACUGGAGAAAAACCCUACAAAUGUGAAGAAUGUGGCAAAGCUUUUAAACGAUCUUCAACCCUUACUAUACAUAAAAUGAUUCAUACUGGAGAAAAACCCUACAAAUGUGAAGAAUGUGGCAAAGCUUUUAAUCGAUCCUCACACCUUACUACACAUAAGAGAAUUCAUACUGGACACAAACCCUACAAAUGUAAAGAAUGUGGCAAAUCCUUUAGUGUAUUCUCAACCCUUACUAAACAUAACAUAAUUCAUACUGAUGAGAAACCCUACAAAUGUGAAGAAUGUGGCAAAGCUUUUAACCGAUCUUCAAUCCUCAGUAUACAUAAGAAAAUUCAUUCUGGAGAAAAACCCUACAAAUGUGAAGAAUGUGGCAAAGCUUUUAAGCGAUCCUCACACCUCGCUGGGCACAAGCAAAUUCAUAGUGUACAAAAACCCUACAAAUGUGAAGAAUGUGGCAAAGCCUUUAGUAUAUUCUCAACCCUUACUAAACAUAAGAUAAUUCAUACUGAAGAGAAACCCUACAAAUGUGAAAAAUGUGGCAAAACUUUCUACCGAUUCUCAAACCUUAAUACGCAUAAGAUAAUUCAUACUGGAGAGAAACCUUGCAAAUGUGAAGAAUGUGGCAAAGCUUUUAACCAUUCCUCAAACCUUAUUAAACAUAAGCUAAUUCAUACUGGAGACAAACCCUACAAAUGUGAAGCAUGUGGUAAAGCUUUUAGGCGGUCUUCACAUCUUAGUAGACAUAAGAUAAUUCAUAUUGGAUUCAUACUGAAGAGAUUGUACAAAAGUGAAGAAUGUGGCAAAGGCCUUUACUGCUCCUAUUCCCUUACUAAAGAAUGUGGCAAAGCUUUUCACCAGUACUUUACCCUUACUACACAUAAGAUAAUUCAUGCUGGAGAGAAACCCUACAAAUGUGAAGAAUGUGGCAAAGAUUUCUAUUGAUUCUCAUACCUUACUUAAUAUAAGAUAAUUCAUAUUGGAGAGAAAUUCUACAGAUGUGAAGAAUGUGGCAAAGGCUUUAAUUAGUUCUCAUCCCUUACUAAACAUAAGAGAAUUCUUACCAUAGAGAAAUCCUACAAAUGUGAAGAAUGUGACAAAGCUUUUAACCACUUCUCAACCCUGCCUACACAUAAGAUAAUUCAUACUGGAAGGAAACCCUACAAAUAUGAAGAAUGUCUCAAAGCUUUUUACUGAUUAUUAUACCUUACUAAACAUAAAAUAAUUCAUAAAGGAGAUAAAUUAUACAAAUGUGGAGAAUGUGGCAAAGCUUUUAACAAAUCCUCAUCCAUUAGUAAACAUAAGAUAAUUCAUACUGGAGAGAAAACCUACAAAUGUGAGGAAUGUGGCAAAGCCUUUAGCCUGUCCCUCCAAUUUACUGCACAUAAGAUAAUUUAUACUGGAGAGAAGCCCUACGAAUGUGAAAAAUGUGGCAAACCUUUUAACCAAUCCUCAACCCUUACUACACAUGAGAUAAUUCAUCCUGGAGAGAAACCUUACAAAUGUGAAGAAUGUGGCAAAGCUUUUAACCAAUUUUCAAACCUUACUAAACAUACGAUAACUCAUACUGGAGAAAAAUCUUACAAAUGUGAAGAAUGCAGCAAAGCCUUUAUCCAGUCCUCAACUCCUACUAAACAAAUUAAUGAUGGAGAGAAACCAUACAACUGUGAAGAAUGUGGCAAAGCUUUUAACCAGUCCUCAAACCUUAUUGACAAAAUAAUUCAUACAGGAGAGAAACCCCACAAAUGUGAAGAAUGUGACAAAGCCUUUAACCAGUCCUCUAUUUUUACUAAACAUAAGAAAAUUCAUACUGGAGAGAAACCUUAUGAUUGUGAAAAAUAUGGCAAAGGUUUUAACUAGUCCUCA